GGUCUGUGACAGCUUGUUACUGUCUACUCAGGCUACAAUGACUGUCAAUCUCACCGAGCUUGAUGCGCACGAGCAGCCAUCGGACCAGAUGCGGGCGAUAUGGAAAUCAUACUCCCGGGCAGACAAGGAAGAACUUUUCUCAAAUGGAGCCAUCGACGACUUGGAGAACCCUGAAAAGGCAGCCGAGUUUGUUGUCACAGGGACAGUCCCAGCCGCAACCCUCACCAAGGGCUUCGCCUUUCUUGGAUCAGGCUUCGAUGCUGCCGUCAGUGAUGCGCCGAUUUAUCACCACCCAUUACUACCAGGUCUUCUUAUAUUUCCCUCAAUAGUGCCCUUGGAAGUUCAAAAGACGCUGCUCUCAAAACUCAUUCACAGAGAUCUCAGCAUUCCAGCCCACCAAACCAACAUGCAUCUUCAUUAUGAAUUGCCUUAUGUGGAACGCAAGCCCGGGGCAGGAGAAGGGGAACACGAAGAUGGUAGUCAAUCAUUCUUCUUACACUCUCCUGAUUCGCCUGUCCGCUUCCAGCCCAAAGAUCCAGACGUGCACAAGCCUCUCUCAAUGAAGCAGGUGAUGGACCGCCGUCUACACUGGGUGACUCUUGGCGGUCAGUAUGACUGGACAAACAGAGUCUACCCUGAAGAGGAGCCACCAAAAUUCCCACCGGACGUUGCGGGAUUCUUGGAAACAGUGUUCCCCGAUACGAUCGCGCAGGCGGCGAUUGUGAACUUUUACACUCCUGGCGACACCAUGAUGAUGCACCGCGACGUUUCUGAGGAGACAGACAAGGGUCUCGUGAGUCUCAGUCUUGGCUGUGAUGGACUCUUCAUGAUAGCCCCCAGCGACAUUGGUAAAAUCCCGGAAGAUAAGCGCGCAGAGGAUGUAAAAAAACAAUACUUGCUCCUCAGGCUAAGAUCUGGAGAUGCCAUUUAUAUGACCAAGGAGUCGAGGUAUGCGUGGCAUGGAGUUCCCAAGGUCCUCAAAGGAACAUGUCCAGAGGCCUUGGAAGAUUGGCCAGCCGAAGAUGGCAGGUUCGAGGAGUGGCGUGGGUGGCUGAAGAACAAACGAAUCAAUCUAAACGUGCGACAGAUGAGAGAAUGACACAGCACCCGGCUUGAAGGUUGAAGAUGCCUAGAUCGUUCCUCUUUGUGUAUUCGGGCUUGUCAGCCUCAAUACUUGUCACAUGGGCUGUCUAUCUUCUUCGCCAAGGAGAACCGUCUGGAAAUUCUAACGAAAGAUAGGAAAUAGGCGAACACGAACUCACUUGACCCCGCAAAUAUGUUAGUUUUUGGCCUACCACAAUCCAGGCCAAUUAGGCAGCAAUGGAGGCAAGACUGGCUGCCUGCGCCAAGCAAUACGUGCUUAAGUUGCAAGAAGAGUCCUCAACUCACUCAUCCUUUCAUUUAAGACGACCAACGACACUAGAAUACAUCUUCAUUUUCCCACAGAUUUACUACCUACCUAUUCAUAAAUCACACCAAUCAACCAGGCCAUCCGCUAAAUAAUAACCUCCGCCGAUCUUGUUCACCACCGGUCCCCUUCUUCACCAUUUGCUGAACCGCUCACGAGUCCCAAUUCCAUCAUGGCAAACACCGGUAGUGUUUUCUCCGAGACCCUACAGGAAAUCACCAAAAACAAACUCGAAGAGCUUGCCAAACGCCGUGCGAGCUUUGAAAAGUCCAAAUCCGAUGCCAUUGCAUGCGCUGCUGCAAGUGCAGGAGAUACGAUCCGCGUUAUUGAGGCCCUCAGCACUGGUGUCAAAAAUUGCUUCGGCAUAGCCCUCGACGACUCUGGAUCUGUGAUCCUCGACCGCACCAGGCACCGACAGGUCGAGAUAGAACUGAAAAAUAUCGAUCGUUUCCUAACACAAGCUCGAUAUGACCCGUCAAUCUCUAUUGAGAUGCUGAGGAGCUGGGGACAGCUUCUCGAGCGCCACCUGGAAACCCAGUCACGUAAAUAUGAGUUUGCUGAUCUAUACGGCAAACUGGUGACAGAGUGGCUCGAAGCCGAUCGUGCUUCCUCCAAGGGCCAGCCUAGCGUUGAAGAAAGCUUUGAGGAUUUGGGGAAUGCAGCAAAGCUAGCGGGGCGUAUCGAGUGGGAGAAUAACGUCUUCACACCAGCUGGCGUUGACGAGGAUGCCAUCAAUAACUUCCUUACAGAACUCUUUGGCAUCCAUGCGCCUCAGAACUCGCCCAAAUCAAAGGUGUCCGAAGCCCUUGAAGAUUUGCGUAAACUAGUCCAACGAGAAGCAUCACAAAUAUCCUCGGACGAUGCGUUCAACGUGGAGACUCUCAAGUGGACCAUUUCCAGUCUCGUAUCCUCUAACCUUUUGUCGGAUGAGAAGCGAGAGGUCCUCAAGGACUUUUCUGGCAACGAGAUCAUAUUGAACGAAAUCGCUGACGUCCUGAACAUGCGGCUUGCCGCUCUGGACUCAUGGUCCUGGGGAGAUGAAGUGCUGGUCGAGCAGCGUCGAAAAAUCAGCGGGAUAUACAAAAUGAACAUGCAGGAAGACCUACUUCAAGCCAUCUUCCUUCAGUAUAUCGGUGUCAAGUGGUCUUUACUAUUUAAACGUGCCUUUGACGACUUCUACAGCUAUGGGGAUGGGGCGGCCUGGCUGCGCAUGGGGACCAAGAUCCCUUUGGAGCACCAACAGAGACUAGAAGACUGCAUAGGCCAGCUACCGCGAGGCAACAGUGUGCAAAGCAAGCGUCAGGCGCUGUUCCGUCACAAUUACUUCGUCUCGCAGCUUCUAACAUCAGUACCACAGCUACUUGGCCAGAACACUGACGACGGGGAAGAAGAAGCAGAGUAUGUUUCUCUGCAAAUGGGGGAUGACCAAAUGAGCGCGAAUCUCAUGUCUAAAUCGUCCAGUCGGGGGCGGGUUAUUUUUGAUGGAAUGGAGGAGUCUCCUCUUCCGGCCCGGCCCCAGACAGCGUCGCUUUUCGGAAGCGCAUUACAAUCAAAUAGUUUGAGGGGUCCAGCAAGGAGAUAUGCUGCUGCAUCUCGCCCACGAAAAAUGGAUGUGGAGAAAUACAAGCUGAGCCGAGUUCCCAUACGCCUCAAGCAGAGUCUUCUACAUCUUCUCUCCACAGACAUAGCUAUAGAAACAGCCACUAAAGGGGAAAUCAGCGCAUUCCAUUCUGUUCUGAGAGACUGGAACCCACUGCUUCCCCACGAGACUAUCUUGGCUGUUUUGAAGUUUUUGGGCGUUUCUUCCAAGUGGCUCGACUUUUUCUCUAGGUUCCUCCGCGCCCCCCUCAGGUUGGUCGGGGACGACACAUCCUCGACAGAACCUAGGAUCAGGCGCCGGGGCACGCCGACAUCGCACCAACUGAGUGAUGUUUUUGGAGAGACGGUUCUAUUCUGUCUUGACUUCGCUGUCAAUCAAGCCACUGACGGAGAGCCUCUGUGGAGGAUUAGUGAUGACAUCUGGUUCUGGUCAUCAGACAGUGAGACCGCGGUCAAGGCUUGGGAGGCAGUAUCUGAUUUUACUACAAUAACUGGGACAUCAGUGAAGUAUGAGAAAUCUGGGUCUGCUCGGAUCUUGAGCUCUACUUUGCAGGAGCAAGGCAAAUCACGUACUGUAGAUCCUUUGCUGCCCAAAGGGGACUUGCGUUGGGGGUUCCUACGCCUAAAUCCAUCCUCGGGACAUUUUGAGAUCGACCAAGCCAUGAUCGACAAGCAGAUAGUUGAGCUGCGUAAGCAAUUGGACGAGAAGCAUGGGAGCGUACUAGGCUUCAUACAAGCUUGGAACUCGUUUGCGGCCGCAUUCUUCUCGUCCAACUUUGGCAAACCAGCCAAUUGUUUCGGCAGGUCCCACGUUGAUGAGAUGCUAUUCACUCACAGACGUAUCCAGCAGGACGUUUUUGCUACGGCCUUUGGAGAAGAAGGCAGCAGCCGCAUUGCCACCAGCGUCGUUGACUUCUUGAAGAAGAUCAUUGAGAUGCGGUUUGGGGUCACCAAGAUCCCUGAUGGAUACCUGUUCUUCCCAGCAGAGCUAGGAGGCUUGAAUUUGCAGUCUCCCUUCAUCACGCUUCAGCAAAUUCGGGAGUCGACCCUACGGUCACCCGCGGAGCUCCUGGAGCGGAUGUUCAGGUCAGAGAGUGCUACCUAUAUCCACGCCAAAAAGCUGCAUGAUAAACGCCAGGAGCUUCUGAGGCACCAGGGUACGGUGGAGCCUCAGCAGAUGAAACCUUUCAUCUCGUUCGAAGAGUACGUACACUACCGCGACGUCUUUGAUCACCGCCUGCAUGACGGAACUGGUGGUUCAUACACGGUCUCGGACGUCUUUGACGAGCUGAGGCAGGAACCCACGCCCCAGCCCAUCAACGCCGAACACAACGAGAAUGGCGCUGUGAGCACUGCGCUUUUGCGACUGAACAGCGGAGGAACGCAUGAGGGUGCCAUCACGUCUCGCAGCAGCAUUGCGUAUCCCUGGUACAGCAUGACUCCCUACUGGCAGUGGGUCACCAUGAUGUACGGCCCAGAGAUUGUGGAGCGGUUUGGCGGUCUGUCUCUCGUUGACGCUGGCCUGCUCCCCAUGGGAAUGGUCAGCAUCUUCCGUCAAAAGAGGGUGACAUGGAACGAGUAGGCAAGGCAGGUAUGGGGUUUGAGCUGAGGGGGAUUUGACCAGGGGUAUUUCUUAGUUUGGGCUGGUUGUGCGCGUGAUGGUUUGAUCUAGGUUGACGGGUAUUUACGAUGUCAAUUGAGUAUGAAAUCCCUCAAUACAUGAUCCCUGCUCACAAGUGUUAGUCGCCAAUGACGUUCUGGAGAAUACUGUAUCAAUUCGACCCCAGUCGGCCAUCAAGGUUCUCAAAACUUCCAU